AUGCAUCUGAUGAAGGGACUAUUGAUUGUUAUGUGCCUGGCGGCCUUUGCCAGCGCCAAACCCCAGCAGAAAUUCUUGGGUCGCCAGAGUGAUGAGCCCGCUGCCCAGGGACGCCUGAGUGCCUCCCAGCUUACGGACAUCCUUAACAGCCUCAAGGGCAACACCGCCUCUACCACAUUAGCUCCCACCACGACCACGACCCUUCCCACAACAACAACCGCCACGACCAGUCCAACGGGUCCCACCACCACGACGGCAACUAGCACCACCACUCCUACCACAACCAGUCCUACCGCAGCUCCAGGUUCUCGCCAGGCCAACAAUGAGGUGGAGGACGAUGAUGAUGAUGAUGAUCAGGAUGUUGAGGAGCAACAUUUCCAGCUGGAGCAUGACGAUGACAUGGAUCAUGGGGAGCAGCAUCAGGUGGCCAGGUCCCAGGCCAGUCGUCGUCGCCAGUUGAGCGCCCGCCGUCAGCGUCAGAGGAUGCAGCAGCGUUAUCGUCGCCGCCAGCAGAACCAGCGCCGUCGCCGUCAGCAGCAGCAGCAGAAGCGUCGUCAGCAGCUGAAGCGCCGCCAGCAGCAGCGUCGUCGCCGUCAGCAGCAGCAGAAGCGCCGCCAGCGCCUGAACCGCCGCCAGAAUAUGCGUCUCGUCAACCGCUUCCGCCAGAGCACGCCCAACAGGAACCGCAUCAUCCGUGUCCAGGCUUAG